AACGUUUUCUGACUGACGGGCUUCUCUGGCAGCCAUGGUAGAGAUCAACAUAAGCAGUAAUUUACCUCACCCUGACCUAUAACCCUGUACCUGUCCGCAGGCUCCUACAAAUUUUAAGGUAGAGGGCGCUGUUUAAACAAAAGGGGCGAAGACAACCUGACGUCAUGGCAUAGAUACUGGUGAAUCCCCGAGAAAAAGCCCCAUAGUUUCGUACGUCAGUAGCGCGGUGGGCGGCUGAGGGCAGCAGACUGGUUAACUGUGGAGAAGAGCGACAUGUACGGGGUGAUCUCUCUCCUCAUCGGGCAGCUGCAGGCCUGGUCGGCGGGGCUGACGUGCGUGGUCGCCGUGAUCGUGACCGGCGCCGCCCUGGUGGUCACCUGGGGAGGAUGGGCUUCAGGCAGGAGGGUGGACGUGCCGGGACCCCCGUGGUUACUAGGUUUCGGUCCGCUGAUGAGUUUUGCCCGCUUCAUCUGGAUGGGCGUUCCUGUUGCCGCGGCUCAUUACGGAGAGCGCUAUGGGGACUUUGUCCGAGUGUGGAUUGCAGGAGAGAGGACUUACGUCAUCACACGGCCGUCCGCUGCCUGGCACGUCCUAAAGUCUAACAACUACUGCCGGCGGUUCGGCAGCAGGACGGGGCUCAACACCAUCGGCAUGUAUCAGAACGGCAUCAUCUGGAACGGGGACGACGGAUGGAAGGUGCUCAGGGGGUUCUUUCAGAAAGCUCUCAACGCGGACACCCUGAACCGAGCAACAGCUGCAGCCGUGGACGCCACCUAUCGGCAGAUGGGUAACAUUGCAGCUCUCCAGCGGAAGACAGCAGAUGGGAAGAUUGAAGCUCUGGAUUUCCUGCGGCGGAUCACACUGGAGGUUACCAACAACCUCACGCUGGGAGUACACAUUGCAGACCCGGAUGAUCUUGUAGAAAGAAUUGUUCGGUACUUCAAGGCGUGGGAAUUCUUCCUCCUGCGGCCUCCAGUCCUGUACCUGAUGACACCUCGGCUGUACUGGAAGCACUGCCAGGCCGUGAAGGACUUGAAUGAAGCUAUUGCUGACCUGCUGUCAAAGAAAAGGGAGGAGUUAAAAACAGAGCCACCCAGCGAUAAACCCGACUUCACAACAUGCCUGCUGCAGGCUGAGGAGAGAGGUGAGGUGAGCCCUGCACACGUGCAGCAGUGUGUGCUGGAGAUGCUGCUGGCAGGGACUGACACGUCGUCUGUCUCCAUGUACUACCUGCUGGUGUCCGUCGCUGAGAACCCGCAGGUCGAGCUGCAGGUCUUGGAAGAGAUGAGAGACAUCCUUGGAGAGCGUGACCCCACCAAGGCUGACCUGCCACAGCUAGUCUACCUGGAGCAGGUCAUCAAGGAGGCCAUGAGGGUCAAACCUGUCGGCCCAGUUAUCAUGCGCCAAGCUAUGGAGGACGACAGGGUUGAUGGGAUUGAGACUCCAGCUGGGACCAACAUCAUCCUGAACCUGGCAGACAUGCACAGACGCCAGGAGAACUUCCCUGCACCUGACGACUUCAACCCUCAACACUUUCACAACAAGGAGUUCAAGGGCGAGUAUGUUCCAUUUGGCACCGGUCCAAAGGGCUGUAUUGGUCAGUUCCUGGCCAUGAUUGAGAUGAAGGCCAUCAUGUGCACACUGCUGCGCAGGUACCACCUGCGUGCAAUACCUGGAGAGUCGCUAGAGGGCAUCAAGACUCACUGGGACAUUGCGCAACAGCCCGUCGACGCUAGUUACAUGUACUUUGAAGAGAGAAACUAGCUCGUCGGUUGGAUUGCAAAGCUCCCAAGG